GGCUACGCCCUUUGAGACGCCGCGCAACACGCUCUCGCCGCAAGUGACGCCCUCGGGUCGUCGGCGCAGGUCUUUGGCGCACUGGCAGGGCCCUCGGGCUCGAUGCCGCCGCCGCCGCUGCCGCACACUGCCUCGGGGCUCAAGCACAUCAAGCCGCCGUCGCGCAGCAGCACCAUCUCCUCUGCUUCUGGCGCGCCCAUUGGUCGCAUCGGCGCCAGCGGCGAGCCGCUAAGCCCCUCGUCGCCGACGACCAUGCUGGCGCCGAACCUGCUGCGGCCUGGCACUGAGCGGCUGGGCCUUGCGCCGCUGCCGCCCGUGACGAAGCCGCCGGCAACGCACGACCGCCCGGGCCUGUAUCAGCAAAAGUCGCGCUCGCUCAUCGACCUCUCCGGCCCGCUGCGCCGCGAGUUCUCGCCAUCGUCGUCGCGCGUGCAGUCGCCAGCUCGCACGCCCAUCGCGCAGCAGCCGAGCGCCGGCGCUCUGCUGUCUCCGGCCGGCAAGGAGGACGCCGACGUGGCGCUGAACAUGCGGCGCCGGCGCUCCAUGUUCGAGGUUGGCGCCGCGCCGCCGCCGUACUCGAUCAUCCACCGCCGGCCCGAGGGUCCGCAGGUCAUCUUCCCGCGCGAAGAGGAGGGCCGCGAGCGCCUGCCGGGCUACUUCUGCGGCGUGCACAUCGAGGGCUACCUGCCGCGCAAGAUGGAGUUCUCGGCGCCCGGCGUGCAGGCCAAGGACCGCAGCUGGCGGCGCCUCUACUUUGUGCUGCACGGCACCAGUCUGCGCGUGUACAAGAACGACCUCUCGGGCUCGGCGCUGCCGAGCAAGGGCGUCUGGGGCAGCAUGAGCGGCACGCACGUGCAUCUCGAGCCCAUGAACGCCGCCACGCCCGUGCAGACCAAGGACGGCCCGGCUGUGGCGCCGAGCAGCUCCAGCAGUGGCGGCAGUGUGCUGGCCAACGGCAUCACGCCCAAGGCCGUCGUGGCGCAGAUCGUGCACUCCUCGAGCGAGGCGCGCCACCUGGGCAGCGGCGGUGCACCGCCGACGCCGGCGCGCAACUACACGCUGCAGGGCGCCGAGUCGGGCCUGGCCGCCGACUACCUCAAGCGCCGCCAUGUGGUGCGCGUGCGCCUCGAGGGCGAGCAGUUCCUGCUCCAGACGCGCAAUGACCGCCACGUCGUCGACUGGAUCGAGGCUCUGCAGGCCAGCACCAACGUGGCGCUUGACUUGGAGAAGCGCUGCCCAAGUUCAUCACCCUCCCGCGCCGCCGCCGCCGCCGUCGCGUCCAGGGCCAGGCCGAUCCGGAGGAGGAGCGCGCGCGGCAGGCCGAGGAGGCCGACCUGGCCGAGGCGCAGCGGCGCUCGAUGCGCGAUGCCGGCCGCGGCAGCAGUGGCCGCGCCUCCGAGUCCAGCACGCCGGCGCCCUCGAGCGCCUUCGACGAGAUGCUGCGCGAGGAACACGCACACAUGCAGCGCGUCGAGGCGAGCGACAUCUGAGCGGGCACGCACGCAUAGACGCACGCACACACACACCACACUCCUUGGCCCCCCCUCUCAUCCUCAAGACCUUUGCUCUGCUUAUCUCAGAGCCAUACGCUCCGCAGCAUCCAGCAUUCCCCCUCUCCCACACUCUGCUCCCUCUUCGCUCUCGCACAAAUGCCCCACAAAAGCACGUUCUGCUCCGCCGUCGUGGCCCCACACUCCAUCCUGUCCUAUAUAUCGCCUUGCCCUGCUCGCUCGCUAUGCCCGAGCCUGCGUCACUGAUCAUUUACAUCUGCCCCUCCCGUGCUGCUCUGGUGGAAUGCUGCUGCUACCGCAGACGUGCCGAUCGUCGGCGCGGCUCUGCCUCUGCGCUCGCUUCGGCGCCCUCGGACGAUGGCGGCGCCUUGCGCUUCUGAGCGUGCCGCUUGUCUGCGCCUGCCUUGCUCUCGCUCGAGCCGCCGUGCUUCGCUGCGCCGCCUGCUGUGCUGCUCGCCUUGGCCUUGACGUCUUGCGAUGCCGUCGUCUGCUCCUUCACGAGUGCGUCCUUCGCCUCGGGUGCCGGCGCAGCCACGACGUCUGGCGCGAGCUUGCGCCCCGCGACGAGGGCGUACGCGGCGCGCUCGAGCUCCUCGAGCCCCAGCUGCGUGUCUGCGACGCGGCUCAGCAUGGCGGAGCUGUAUGUCUGGGCGUGCGGGAACGUGUACUUGUGCUCGAGGCCCAUGCAGGUGAGGCCUUCGUCGCUCAUAAACGCAAAGUGCCGCGGCGCGUACGCCGCCAUGAGGGCCGUGGCGGUGGCGGCGCCGACGCCCUUGAGCGGCUUCCAGGCCUCGAGCACCGCCUUGAUCUCGCGCGGCUGCAGCUGCUGCUGCUUGUUGUGCUUGAGAUGCGACUGAUGCAGCGCAAAGGCAUGCUCCGACACUCUGCGCACCUCGUCGGCCGCAUUGGAGGCGAUGAGGUCCUCGAGGCGCGGGCGCCAGGUGCCGCGCUGCGCACCGAGCGAGGUCAGCGCUAGUGCACAGGGCAGGCGAGGCAGCACACACGCACCGCGAGCUUCCACUGCAUCAGCUGCUGCAGCUCCUCCUUUGUGACGUGCGCCGUGC